AUGGCGGAAACCGGACCUCGAACUGUUGCGGCCCCCCCGCCGCUCUGCAGACUCUGCCAAGUGCAAUUGCAUGGCCCGCAGAUGUGGCGAGCCCAUCUCAAAAGCAAUGGCCAUGUCUACAACCUUCAGUUGAGCGUGGCCGCUCCCGGAAGCAUCCCGUCAGCUCCAGCACCCCCGCCCGCAGAAGAGGCGACCGAAGGAUCGGGAAGCGCGGCGGCUCCCUACGCUCGGAUUGGACGUGAGCCGGAUAGCCAUGCCGCCCAAGUCGAGGACGUCAUCGGUAGCGACACCGAGGACGAAGUGACCGUUCCGGAUUUUGCUCCUGGUGGUUGCCUCUUCUGCGCCCGGGAGUCCGAGUCUGGCACGUUGGACGACAGCCUGACGCACAUGACCGCCUCCCACGGCUUCACCGUACCCUUUCAAGAUUUCCUCGCCGUUGACCUCGGCACCAUCGUUGCCCAUCUACAUCUGCUCAUCUACGGUUACCGGGACUGUAUCUACUGCCGCACCCACCGGAGCACGGUCGAGGGUGUCCAGCAGCACAUGGUGGCCAAGGGGCAUUGCCGGUUCGACGUGUCCCCGGAAACGGAAGAGUUCUAUGCGAUGCCACAAUCGGAGAGUGCCCUUCUCGACCAGGCCGAAAGCGAUGCCAGCGUGCCGGUACGCUUGCCAUCGGGAAAGCUCAUCUCCCAUCGGAAGCAUCUCGACACCCAGGAGCCUCGAGCCUCGCGCCGCGCAACGGCAGACCGCGUGUCCGACCAUGCCGCCCCACGCUCCGCAACCUCCUCCGCCGCCGGUCACGAGCUCGUUCAACGGGGGGGGGCGAGCGGAAGCGGCCAAGUCGUGCGCAGCAGCGAGGCCAUACUUGCCGCCCAGCUGUCCAAGCUGAGAAUAGCUGGUGAUAGGGUGCAGCAGAAGGAGGCAGACCGGAAGCGAGGAAGGCUGGAACGAGCGAACAACUCAAUCAUGCUCAAGCAUUACAGGCUGGAUAGCGGCGAUGGUCGGAUUGAUCGACGAUUUUAG